GCCCCGCCUCCUCCUUCUCUUUGCAGAUCUAGCCUCUGCAGAGCAGCUUGCUGACUUUGCGGCGGUUCCUAGCUUCAUCGCGGUGCCGACCCCUCGUCUUGUCUGGACAAGAUGGCAACACUUAAGGAGAAACUCAUUGCACCUGUCACAGAAGAGGACACAGCUGUCCCGAACAAUAAGGUCACCGUAGUAGGUGUCGGACAAGUUGGUAUGGCAUGUGCUAUCAGCAUUCUGGGAAAGUCUCUGGCCGACGAGCUUGCCCUUGUGGAUGUCUUAGAAGACAAGCUCAAAGGCGAGAUGAUGGAUCUGCAGCAUGGGAGCUUAUUUCUUCAGACUUCGAAAAUCGUGGCCGAUAAAGAUUACUCUGUGACAGCCAACUCUAAGAUUGUGGUGGUGACUGCAGGCGUCCGCCAGCAAGAGGGGGAGAGUCGCCUCAACCUGGUGCAGAGAAACGUCAACGUUUUCAAGUUUAUCAUCCCUCAGAUCGUCAAGUACAGCCCGGACUGCACCAUCAUUGUGGUUUCUAACCCAGUGGAUAUCCUUACUUACGUCACCUGGAAACUGAGCGGGCUACCUAAGCACCGUGUGAUCGGGAGCGGAUGCAAUCUGGACUCCGCCCGCUUCCGCUACCUCAUGGCUGAGAAGCUGGGCAUCCACCCCAGCAGCUGUCACGGAUGGGUUCUGGGCGAGCAUGGCGACUCCAGCGUGGCUGUGUGGAGUGGGGUGAAUGUGGCAGGAGUCUCUCUUCAGGAGCUGAAUCCAGAAAUGGGAACGGACAAUGACAGUGAGAACUGGAAAGAAGUACAUAAGAUGGUGGUGGAGAGUGCCUAUGAAGUCAUCAAGCUGAAAGGCUACACCAACUGGGCCAUUGGCUUAAGUGUGGCUGAUCUCAUUGAAUCCAUGCUGAAAAACCUGUCUCGGAUUCACCCUGUGUCUACGAUGGUGAAGGGUAUGUACGGCAUUGAGAACGAGGUCUUCCUCAGUCUCCCAUGCAUCCUCAAUGCUCGGGGCCUGACCAGCGUCAUCAACCAGAAGCUGAAGGACGAGGAGGUCGCACAGCUCAGGAAGAGUGCAGACACCCUGUGGGAUGUCCAGAAAGACCUCAAGGACCUGUGACUGCCAGGUUCUAGGCUGUAGAGGUACAAGCCUCCAACGUGACGAGCCACGAAGCUUUCGUCGUCAGCCUUGUACGUAGGUCACCGUUUGCUUCUUCCCUGACAUGUGAUGUGAGCUCACAGAUCAAAGCCCAGGCUUGUUUGAUGUUUGCACUAGGAGCUCUUGAACAAAUAAAGUUAUCUAUUGCAGCAUA